AUGCCUUUCUACAGUGCUGAAAGUUCUAGUGAAGGAUCAUUAGAAACAAGUGAUGAAAAUGAUAACCAACAGGCAUCUUCUGCAACUAAGAAGAGAAACUUCAACCAGAGGCUCGCUGAUGGUAGUCCUAAUUUAUUUAAGAACAUUGUUCAAGGGAAGCCUGUGCCAACAACCAAUUUGAAUAUUGGUAUGGACUUCUGGAAUGCAUCUGCUGCUGGGGCCGCACCUAUGAAAAUGAGACCAAAUGCAUCUGGUGCCUCACCACUGGUGGUUUAUGCUACCGUAGUUGGGCGUGAAGGCAUAUCGAUCACCAGUUAUAUCAGGUCUAAUGGUCUCACUGUAUUAAGGGGAAAAGCAAGAGAUGAACGGGAACUAAUACGAGAAAAGAGGAAGCAAUCGAAGAGGGAGUCAACAAGUGAAUCGAACGACGAGGGAUGA